CUCGUGGUCCGUGAAGGGAGAAAAAGGCGCAAUUGUACAAACUUGCAUCAUUUAUAAAGCAGGUUUUAAAAUUUAUUUCCGCUUCACUGACUUGAUUUUGAUUCAACACCUGCUACUGUUUGUACAUUUUAGGAAAAAAAAUUGACAUUUUUCUUUAAUUGCAUCUUUUAAUUGUAAACAACACUGCGUCUUGAGGUUAUACGCGAAUAAAUAUAAAAACGCAAUUUUGAUUUUUUCAUUUUUAAUUCGUGACUUUUAAUUCUACUUUGACACAUAUCGAAAUAUAUAUAUAUAAAUAUAUAGUUUCGGAAACAAUGAAUUUAGAAAUAAAUACUAAUGGUAAAUUUGAAAAUGAUAUUAACAGCCAAAAUGAAAAAAUUUCAUUUGCUCAAAAGAGAAAUGCAUCGACAGGUAAAUUUGACGAAUUAAAUCAACCGGAAGGAAGAGUUUUGGUACUUUAUACCGGAGGCACUAUUGGAAUGAUAAGAAAUGAAACUGGAGCCUUAGCACCAGUUGCAAAUGCAUUUGUCAAUAAUUUAAGACGAUAUCCUCACAUGCAUGAUAAAGAAUAUGCAGACGAAAGAUUUGGUUCAUUGGGUCCUUUAGUCUUACCAAUUUCUUCUGAACAUAAACGACGAGUAAUUUAUAAUGUCAUUGAAUAUUCGCCACUUUGCGAUUCCAGUGAUAUGACAAUGGACGAUUGGAUUCGUAUUGCUAAGGAUAUUAAAGAAUAUUAUGAAUUUUUCGAUGGUUUCGUCGUUCUUCAUGGCACUGAUACAAUGAGCUAUACGGCUUCAGCUUUAUCAUUUAUGUUGGAAGCGCUUGGAAAAAUAAUUGUCAUAACUGGAUCGCAAUUGCCAAUUUUUGAUUCGCGAAGCGAUGGACUUGAUAAUUUUCUCUCGUCCCUUGUAAUUGCGGCAAAUUAUAAUAUUCCUGAGGUUUGUAUUUUUUUUGGUACACGACUAUUGCGCGGAAAUCGCACGAGUAAACUGUCAACGCAAGCUUUUGAUGCUUUCAAUUCUCUGAAUUCUCCACCUCUCGCCGUCACUGGUAUUCGAGUGGAAGUGGAUUAUCCAUCUAUUUUUCGCUCUGGUGCUUUGGAGAAAUUUCACGUUCACACAAAUUUAAGUCGUAAUGUUGGCUUGUUGAGACUUUUUCCAAGCAUCACUGGUGAAUUGGUGAAAGCUUUUUUGCGACCUCCAACUGAGGGAGUUGUAUUGCAAAGUUAUGGAGCUGGAAAUAUUCCAAGUAAUCGACAUGAUAUUAUUACGGCAAUUAAAGAAGCGACAACGCGCGGUGUUAUUAUUGUUAAUAUUACACAAUGCGCAACUGGUAGUGUUGACAAUAUUUAUGAGGCUGGACAAAUUCUCGUCGAUGCUGGUGUAAUUUCCGGCUAUGAUAUGACACCGGAAGCGGCAUUAACGAAACUGUCGUAUGUAUUAUCGAAAAAAGAAUGGGAAACUGAAAUGAAACGAACAAUGAUGCAGACUAAUUUACGAGGUGAAUUAACUGGAGGUAGACCUCCGAAAAAACAUGAUCCAGAUCUUAUUGAAGCUGUUGCACAUUCUCUUCAUGCGAGUUCGCCAAAAGAGCGUACUCAAUUGGUUUCAAUUUUAUUUCCUGCGAUGUUGUCUGCCGCUGUUGUCGCUCGUGAUCUUGUCAAAUUGGAGUCUUUAAAAGAAUACGGGGCUGAUAUUUCGCAAACAAACGCUGAUGGUCGCACAGCUUUGCAUGUUGCUUGCUGUGAAGGUGAUGUUCACGUUGUUCGUCGUCUUUUGCAAAUGGGAGCAAUUGUUCAUGCAAAAGAUCGAUUCAAUCGAACUCCAUUGAUUGACGCCAUUGAAUAUGAUCAUCACGAGAUAAUUCGAUUAUUACGUCAAUGUGGUGCGCAUCUUCACGAACGACCAAAAGUCCUCGGUGAAAAAUUAUGUACAGCGGCGGCAGUUGGAAAUAUUACUCGAUUAAUUUCCUAUUUAUUGGCCGGUGGAAAUCUCUCAGAAGCUGAUAUUUCUGGACGUACGGCUCUACAUCUUGCAGUAUUACACAAUCAUACAGCUUGUAUUAAAUUUCUCAUGAAAAAUAAAGUGGAUUUAACGAAAAAGGACGCAAUGGGACAAACACCUGUUAAUGUCGCCGAACUAGCAAAAUCUCUCGACUCAUUGAAAUUAAUGACGGAAUCAAGUAUUUUUAAUAAUUUAUCACUUGACAAUUAACGAUUUUAUUUAUCUAGAAUUGGAAAUUAUUUUUAAUUUCAAAUAAUCAAUUACAUGAGAAAUAAAUUUCACAGCAAUUUAACUUAAAUAAUAACUAUUAUUAUUGA